AUGCAUACAAACAAAAUAUUGCUAUAUACUUUUCUUCUGUUAACAUUGGCGAUCGUAUACUGUUAUGGACGAACUGAAGACGACGACUCGCAAGACACAAGUUCGGGAGACGACGAGCGAAAUCGUCUUUCAGAAUGGUUGGAUAAAUACAUUAGUAAACGUGGCUGCAGUUUUGGUGCUUGCAGCAGUGAUGGUGAAUGCUGUUCUGGUCAUUGUAGUCGUCGUUAUUCUUUCAAUUCCUACCGAUCUGCGGGAUACUGUAGUCGUCAAAUGUUUUUUGGACAUAGUUGGCGUACCCAUAAUCGUCAUGAACGCGUUGUCACGUCAUUGAUCAUGUCUACGGAGUUUGUGUACAAUGUCUCUUAUGCACAUAAUCAAACGCAAGAAAACACCAACGUACCAACACAAGUCAACCAUAAUCAAAUCAAUCAAAUUCAUGACGAUCUCAACACAGUCAAAAUACAGAUGGUUCAAAAUAUCGAAAGAAUUCAGCAACGUGCAGAAAACAUACAUGAGUGCAAAGAACGAACAGAUAAAAUGAAUGACGCUGCAAAAGAGUUCAGACAACAUACACGUGAUAUCAAACGUAAAAUGUGGUGGCAAAACACGAAAAUGUGGAUUCUUUUGAUCAUUGCACUUUGUCUUCUGAUCAUUGGCAUUGUUUUGAUCGCAGUUCUUCUAUCAAAAAAGGAUAACUAA